ACCCACCUCCUUUCUGUGUUUUAUAAACUCAGCUUUUAACUGUUCUCUGGUUGAAUGGUUGAUUUGUUUUAAAUGUUAUCAACUUGGCCAAGUACGUAGUUGGUGUCAUGUUUUAUUGUUUGCUGGAGAACUAAGAUUUGGAUGUUGUAUUACUCUUCCUUUCUUACAUUCUCAACUGCCAAAUAUAUGAUGAUAGCUAUCUCUCUUCUUCCAUUUUGUUUUGUGGGAAGAAGAUAUGCUGUCUUCUAUUAUUGGUGACUACCCCACAUGAUAUAGUUCAUUCUGAAUUUUCACAUUUUCGUGUAAAAGACAAAUUGGGUUGCUUUGGUUACCAUGUUCUAAUUGAGUAGUGUUCAUAUUCAAAGUUCUCCCACGGGUAUGGUGGACUCGUUUACUAUGGGGCAUGACGUAAAGUCAGACGAACCAGGUUCAUGGAGUUUUUGAAGUAGAGACCGGGAGUAGAAUAUUCUAGUUAUAGACUGGCACUCCAUUUCAUUCUAUAUAUAGUGCACAUCAAUUUUCAUGAGAAUCCAGACGAUUCUUAACAUGCUAAACUUGUGUGUUGUGUAAUUUAGUGAAUUCAAUUAGAUUCCAUAUGGAUUUGAUGAUUUAAAAUCAAGGGAUUUGAAGAACAAUUUUUAGUAUAAAUUACUUGGUAUGAAUUUAACAAGACAUGAUAGAUUUGAACUUUGACGACUUUGUUCCAGGCAAAACACUUGUCAUAUGAAAUAACUUUUUACAAAUAGUCAUUUCCUAUCCACAUAUUAAUAAAUGUUUAGUCAUCAAUGAAUUUUAUCAAUACAAAAAUUUGAUCUUUAAUAGUGUGAGGAUAGGUUUUGUACCACUUUUUGUGUUCUACUUUAUGUUCCAUCAAUCACAACUUGUCAUUUGUUUAUUUUUUUUUCUAUAUGGCAAGUUAUGAUUGGUGAACAUAAAGUUGUACGAAGGAUUUGUAUUUGGCUGGGGAUUAGCUUGAAAUGAUCACUUGAGUUAAAAUUUCAUUAAGCAGGGAAACUAUCUAAUGGACCUUAUAUGUGUCCUUUGAACUUCAAUCUAUGGUUUCAACCUAUUAUAAUUUGGCUUUGUUUCUGGAUAAUCUCCUGCUCCUCUGCCCCUGAAUUCUGACAGGCUGACACGUACAGAUACACACAACUGCCUUUUGUUGUUUCUCUGCCAAAUGAAGUAUUACUGCCCUACUAGUCCAUCCCGAAAAACAAAAGUGAUAUUGUGGAUUACAUGGCUGUGGUUCCAAUAUGCUAUAAAAUGCCCUAUAAGGACCAAACUCAACCAAUUCAAAAUGUGAUUAGGCAUGGUGAGAGAGGAUUCUUGAGUGAGUGUAUUGCCUUUGCAAAUGUUACUAGGUGCUUUAUGUGCAGGAGAUGGCAUGGGUCUUAUCCUACUACUGAUAUCUUGACAAGAACUAAGAUUAAAGAAGGGAUAGCACCUAGAGGAUUAGCUUGUAAUCGAGGUUGUUCUAUACAUUUCAAGGGCAUGAUGGAAGUGAAUGUCCUACAAAGGGGUUGUCUUAGAGAAAGCCACCUAAGGUCCACUUCAGACAAUGAUUUGCACAGAGAAAAGUUCUCCAUGAUGUGUUAUGCAUCAGUGUCUAGUACUAAUGAGAUGCAGUUGAGAUCAUUAGAUUCUUAUUUUGAAAAACUUCAAGAUGAUGCAAAACUGCCUCCGGAUAAUUCAAACAACACCAAGGAACUACAUAGUAGAAAUAGUCAGUUCAGAUCAAAGAAGGAAUUGGAUUCUCUCGAAAUCUACCUUGGCAAACUUAGAAAAGGAGCAAACUCAGAAAAUUACCCUUCAUCUACUUCCAUUGAAAACACUGCCAAAGGAAAUCAAGCAGAAAAACCGUUGUCUAUCACCAAAAAUUCUAGAAGAGAUGAUGAAGAGGAACAAAAGAGUUACAUGGAACUAAGGAGAAGAAACAGUGGUAUUAGCCUUGAAAGGUCUCAAGAUUUACGGCAGUAUGACUAUGAUGAAACAUCCAAUCUCUACUUAAUAAGUUUAUUGGUUUCUAUAGACAUUGCGGUUUUCCUGUUUGAAAUAGCAAGUCCGAUAAGGAACUCUGACUUAGAGCUCCUUUCUCUUCCAUUACUAUAUGGAGCAAAGAUAAACCAAUUGAUCUUGGUUGGAGAAUGGUGGCGGCUACUGACGCCCAUGUUUCUGCACUCAGGAUUUUUUCACAUGGCUCUUGGUUGUUGGGGGCUUCUUACAUUUGGUCCUCAAGUUUGUAAAGGCUAUGGUUCUUUUACAUUUUUCUUGAUCUAUAUACUUGGAGGAAUUUCUGGCAACUUGACAAGCUUUCUUCACACAGCAGAGCCAACGGUUGGUGGGACAGGACCGGUAUAUGCCAUAAUAGGAGCAUGGCUCAUUUAUCAAGUCCAAAACAAAGACGUUAUUGCAAAGGAUCUUUCGGAUAGUAUGUUCCAGAAGGCAAUAAUUAUAACGCUCCUUGGCUUCGCAUUAAGCAAUUUCGGUCGAAUUGAUGACUGGACACACUUUGGAGCAGCUUUUACUGGAACAGCAUAUGGCUUUUUCACAUGCCCAACACUUCAGUUGGAUGAUGCAUCUUCAAGAACUGGUCAAGAAGAAGGAAUCACACUUGUUAAGCGAUAUGCUGAUCCUUGUAAAUCACUUAUUUUCUUCACCAUCUUCAUUAUUGUUUUAAGCUCUUUACUCUUUUUUAUUGAACCUCCUCUAAACGCCGUAGCGUCUGAGAACUUCGCAUAGAUGUGCAGAAUAGGAUGCAAUAUGGCAGUAGUGUUUCUAAAUUCAUGUAGCAUGGACUUGAAUAAUAGGUCUUUCUUCUUUUCAUUUCUUA